GUCGCCAUCACAGUCCGUGAUGCUUUUGCUUCUCCCUCUGCAUUUUUUGUUUAUCCUUCUCACUACAACUUCCUCCUCCUCCUCCUCCUCCUGCUGAUGGAAGGAUGGAUCCUCCUACCCAAAUGGACGUCUUCCAUCAUGCACAUGUUCCUCCUUAGCUGAUCUGCUCCUCGAUGGUUGCUUCUGCUUGAUUCAUUCAUAUGUUUGAUUGAUGAUGGAGUCUUGUGAUUGCAUUGAGACGCAAUGGCCCCAGGAUGAACUUCUUAUGAAAUAUCAAUACAUCUCAGACUUCCUGAUUGCUCUUGCAUACUUCUCAAUUCCCGUUGAACUAAUUUAUUUUGUGCACAAGUCUGCAUUCUUUCCAUAUAGAUGGGUGCUUAUGCAGUUUGGUGCUUUUAUUGUUCUUUGUGGAGCAACUCAUUUCAUAAAUUUGUGGACAUUUUCGAUGCACAGUAAAGCUGUUGCUCUGGUGAUGACUGUAGCAAAAGUCUCAUGUGCUAUUGUGUCUUGUGCAACUGCACUAAUGCUUGUCCACAUUAUUCCUGAUCUAUUAAGUGUGAAAACUCGUGAGCUGAUUCUCAAGAACAAGGCUGAGGAGCUCGACAGGGAGAUGGGACUCAUUCUUACACAAGAAGAAACUGGAAGGCAUGUUAGAAUGUUGACUCAUGAGAUUAGGAGCACUCUUGACCGGCAUACCAUUUUGAAGACUACACUUGUUGAAUUGGGAAGGACUCUGCGCUUGGAGGAAUGUGCGCUGUGGAUGCCAUCAAGAAGUGGUCUGAAUCUUCAGCUUUCCCAUACUUUACACUACCAAGUGCAAGUUGGAUCUGCUGUGCCAACAAACCAACCUAUCGUCAAUGACGUUUUCAAUAGCCCUCGAGCAAUGCGAAUACCACAUACCUGUCCACUGGCUAAAAUCGGACCACUUGUUGGAAGAUAUGUGCCACCUGAAGUUGUUGCUGUAAGGGUGCCUCUCUUACAUCUCUCAAAUUUUCAGAUUAAUGAUUGGCCUGAUCUUUCUGCCAGAAGCUUUGCAAUCAUGGUUCUGAUCCUCCCUACUGACAGUGCUAGAAAAUGGCGAGAUCAUGAGUUGGAACUUGUUGAUGUUGUUGCUGAUCAGGUAGCAGUUGCCCUUUCACAUGCCGCUAUUUUGGAGGAGUCUAUGAGAGCCCGUGAUCAACUUAUGGAACAGAAUGUUGCUUUAGAUUUAGCUCGACGGGAAGCAGAGAUGGCAAUCCAUGCUCGCAAUGAUUUCCUCUCUGUCAUGAAUCAUGAAAUGAGGACACCAAUGCAUGCAAUUAUAGCGCUGUCAUCACUUCUCCUGGAGACAGAACUGACUCCAGAGCAAAGGGUUAUGAUAGAAACAGUAUUGAAGAGUAGCAAUGUAUUGGCAACACUUAUUAAUGAUGUUCUAGAUCUUUCUAGACUGGAAGAUGGUAGCCUUGACUUGGAAAUGGGAAAACUCAAUCUUCACGGGGUUUUGGGAGAGGUUAUCAAUAUGAUAAAGCCUAUAGCAUCCGUGAAGAAGUUACUUAUGACACUGAUUUUGGCCCCUGAUCUGCCUAUGUAUGUCAUUGGUGAUGAGAAAAGGCUUGUGCAAAUCCUCUUAAAUGUUGUGGGUAAUGCUGUCAAAUUUACUAAGGAGGGCUAUGUUUCUGUAAGAGCAUCUAUUGCAAAACCUGAAUCUUUACAGGAUUGGCGACCUCCUGAAUUUUAUCCAGUUUCAAGUGAUGGUCAUAUCUACAUACGCAUACAGGUUAAGGAUUCUGGAUGUGGCAUUCUCCCACAAGACACUCCGCAUCUUUUUACCAAGUUUGCUCAAUCUCGAAGCGGACCAGCUCGGCCUGCCAGUGGUGCAGGCCUCGGGCUUGCUAUUUGUAGGAGAUUUGUAAAUCUCAUGGGAGGCCACAUAUGGAUUGAGAGCGAUGGCCCCGAUAAGGGAAGUACAACUACAUUCAUUGUUAAACUUGGGAUCUGUGGCAAUAAUCCAGAAUCAUCUGGUCACCAACCUUCUGAUAGAAGUCAAGCAUAUAGUGGAAGUGGAAACCUCACUGCAUAUAAACCUUUUGUCAAAGAUAACGAUGAUCGAGGCUUUCCUAACCGACGCUAUCAAAGAAGUGUGUAGCAGCCAAAAACACCGGCAUUACAUCACGGGAUUUGGAUCAAUGGUUUCACUUCCAUUCUGAAACCUUUUCAUUUUGGAGGUGAGAAAGGGUAAAAUUUGCAGAUUGCAGCUGUAAACUAGGAACGCUGUGUCAAGCGGUUCCUAUGAAAUUAGCUUCAUAUCAGAUAUUAUGAGAUUUAAAGGAAGAGGGUCAAUGAUCCGUUCCAAUGUAUUAUUAUUUGUAAUGCUGUUUCUCUGCAAUCGCAAAAGGUUGUGUUCUGGGAUGAUAUUUGAGUAACCUAAUUACUCUAUUGACGAUAUGAAAUAUAAUUCAAAAGAUUAAAUGA